AUGGGACAGUGGGAAGUUCUAGGAGUUUCCUUCCUUCCUUCCUUCCUUCAUUUAUUCAUUCUUUCUUUCCUUCCUUCCUUCCUUCCUUUCUUCCUGCCUUGCUUGCUUGCUUCCCUCUUUACUUCCUUCAUUCCUUCCUUCCAUCAUUCUAUCCUUCAUUCAUUGCUUCAUUCCUUCCUUCUUUAUUCCUUCCUUCCUUCCUUCCUUCAUUCAUUCAUUAAUUCCUUCCUUCCUUCCUUGUUUCCUUCCUUCCUUCCUUCCUUCAUUCAUUCUUUCUUUCCUUCAUUCCUUCCUUCCAUCAUUAUAUCCUUCAUUCCUUGCUUCCUUCCUUCCUUCAUUCCUUCCUUCUUUAUUCCUUCUUUCCUUCCUUUCUUCAUUCAUUCAUUCAUUCAUUCCUUCAUUAAUUCCUUCCUUCCUUGUUUCCUUCCUUCAUUCAUUCAUUCAUUCUUUCUUUCUUUCUUUCUUUCCAUCCUUCCUUCCUUCCUUCCUUCCUUCCUUCCUUCCUGGCUUACUUGCUUCCUUCCUUCUUUCCUUCCUUCAUUCCUUCCUUCCAUCAUUCUAUCCUUCCUUCCUUCCUUCCUUCCUUCCUUCCUUCCUUCCUUCCUUCCCUCCUUCCUUCCCAAUUCAAAAAGGGACUGUUUAUUCUAA